CUGAUCCUACAAGCGGGGCUUAAGCCAAGGUAAUGAGUGUGUAAACUAGCUGCCUGAUUGCCAACAAAGGCGUCUUGGGACGCGCUUUCCAUUGUCUCGGAGGGAAUCAUCACCUUCUUCUCAGUGAAAUCCGCCGCGGAUUGUCUGUGUGCAACAGGAGGUAGGGAUUAAAAGAUGCGGCCCUUGGAACAAAUGGUGAGAGGCAAGUCAGCCAGUACAGGGCGGAGGCGGGGCCGAACGACACCCACAAUUAAAGAUGAACUUUGAGUGAACUAAUUUAUCUGAGGGAGGAGAAGGUAACAGGCUGCCCGCAGUCCUGGCAGCCUAUAAAAGGGCUGGAUGAGCAGCCCGGAGCCUCCAUCGCUGACAGAGCUUCACCUGAACUGCAGCCACUUCUACCCAACCAACGAGAGAACUGCCGCUUGUCACUGACCCGCUGCGCCAUGGCUCUGAGCACGCUGCUGGCCACCUUCCUGUGCACCAUCGUGCUUCCCAUCUUGCUUUUUUUGGUGGCGGUGAAACUGUGGGAGAUUUACAUGAUCCGAGGCAGAGACCCGAGCUGCCCCAGCCCGCUGCCCCCCGGAUCCAUGGGUUUACCUUUCAUUGGAGAGACGCUGCAGCUCAUCCUGCAGAGGAGAAAGUUUCUGCGCAUGAAGCGGCAGAAGUACGGUUACAUCUACCGCACACACCUCUUCGGAAACCCAACGGUGCGCGUGACCGGAGCAGAUAAUGUCAGGCAGAUUCUGCUGGGGGAGCACAGGCUCGUGUCCGUGCAGUGGCCCGCUUCUGUGCGCACCAUACUGGGCUCGGACACGCUGUCCAACGUGCACGGAGCUCAACAUAAGACCAAGAAAAAGGCCAUCAUGCGUGCCUUUUCCAAGGAGGCUCUGGAGCUCUACAUCCCUGUUAUCCAGGAGGAGGUUCAGGCUGCAGUGAAGGAGUGGCUGGCCAAGGACUCCUGCGUGCUGGUCUAUCCAGAGAUGAAGCGGCUGAUGUUCCGCAUAGCAAUGAGGAUCCUCCUGGGCUUCGAGUCGGAACAGAUCAGGACCGACGAGCAGCAGCUGGUGGAAGCUUUUGAGGAAAUGAUCAAGAAUCUAUUUUCUCUGCCAAUUGACGUGCCUUUCAGCGGACUGUACAGGGGUGUGAAGGCAAGGAACUUCAUCCACUCCAAGAUUGAGGAGAACAUAAAGAAGAAGGUGCAGGAAUCCGACAAGGAGUCCAAACACAGAGACGCUCUGCAGCAGCUCAUAGACAGCAGCAGGAAGAAUGGGGAAGCAUUGAGCAUGCAGGCCAUUAAGGAGUCUGCUACAGAGCUGUUGUUUGGGGGCCAUGAAACCACAGCCAGCACAGCCACCUCGCUGGUCAUGUUCCUGGGCCUAAACCCUGAAGCUGUGGAUAGACUGAGACAGGAACUGAUGGAGAAGGAGGAGCAAGGGAUGGACCUCCAGAAUCUGAACAUCGAGUCAUUGGAGCAGUUGAAAUACACAGGCUGUGUCAUUAAAGAGACUCUGAGGAUCAACCCUCCUGUUCCUGGAGGCUUCAGAGUGGCCCUCAAGACCUUUGAGCUCAAUGGUUACCAAAUUCCCAAAGGCUGGAAUGUCAUCUAUAGCAUCUGUGACACCCAUGAUGUGGCAGAGAUCUUUCCCAACAAGGAAGACUUCCAGCCUGAGCGCUUCAUGACCAAACCCUCCACCGACUCCUCCAGGUUCCAGUACAUACCAUUUGGAGGGGGCUCCAGGAUGUGUGUGGGGAAGGAGUUUGCUAAGGUCCUGUUGAAGAUCUUCUUAGUGGAAGUAGUCACAAAGUGUCACUGGACUCUCUUAAAUGGGCCACCCACUAUGAAAACAGGACCUACAGUCUACCCUGUGGACAAUCUACCAACCAAGUUUACCAGCUAUGUACAAAAUUAAACUGAGGUGGUGGGGGCGGGGGUGUCUCAAAUCAAAUCUGUGUUUUACCUCUGAAUCCACGAGGGAACUACAAGUCUAAUCAGGUACAUGGGGUUUUUUUAGAAGGACUCUGGUACUUUUAAGGAAACAGAGGCCACAUUCACACAUGAACUGAAAAUAUCAAUCAGAACUUGUGGAUUUUAUGGCAUGACAUAGUAUGUACAUAUUGUAGAUGAUUAUGCACCUAUUACAUUUUAUAUUUUGAUGUUAAUACACUUGGAUUUGUAUAUAUUU